UUUUUUUACGAGAAUAUGUUCGUGUAGCUAUAAAAUUCGAAAUGAGUAAUUGAAUACGACUUUUCGAAGGUGUAGAUUAGUUCGACAUUCGAUUUGUUUAAUCAGACCAGGAUUUAACAGUUCCAAUUAGGCUAGCAUUAAAUAUGCUUUGAUCUGCAAUCUUUUUAGUUUUUGUACUGAACUGCAAGAAAAUGCAGGCUAUAGUACUCGCUCUUAUUUUCGGGGUUUUGUUUUUCGAAACUAAAGGUCAAGAUUUUUCUGGAAAUUUCAGACAAAGUAAUGGAGGUUUUGGUGGUGGUUAUGGUAAUUUUGGUGGAUCUGGCACCAUGGGCGGAACAUCUGGCUCGAUUGGAUACGGAGGAAACAUGAGAGGAGAUCCUGCGUUUGGUGCAAAUGGACAAAUGUCUGGUAGUUCUGGAAGUUCUGUUUUUGGAGGGAUGGGCGGAAUGUCUAAUGCUGGUGGAAGUGGAAGUUCUUCAUUAGGAGGAAUGUUUGGAAGUCCUGGCUUUAGAGGGAUGAGUGGAAUAUCUAAUGUUGGUGGGAGUUCUGCUUUAGGAGGUUUUGGCGGAAUGGCUGGUGGAAGUGGAAGUUCGGCAUUAAGAAGUUUUGGCGGAAUGUCUGGUGGAAGUUCUGCAUUAGGGAGUUUUGGCGGAAUGCCUGGUGGAAGUGGAAGUUCUGCAUUAGGGAGUUUUGGCGGAAUGCCUGGUAGAAGUGGAAGUUCUGCAUUAGGGAGUUUUGGCGGAAUGUCUGGUGGAAGUGGAAGUUCCGCAUUAGGGAGUUUUGGUGGAAUGUCUGGUGGAAGUUCUGCGUUAGGAAGUUUUGGUGGAAUGUCAGGCGGAAGCAGAAGUUCUAUGUUAGGAGGUUUCGGCGGAAUGCCUGGUGGAAAUUCUGCAUUAAGAAGUUUUGGUGGAAUGUCUGGUGGAAGUGGAAGUUCUCCAUUAGGAAGUUUUGGUGGAAUGCCUGGUGGAAGUUCUGCAUUAGGGAGUUUUGGCGGAAUGCCUGGUGGAAGUGGAAGUUCUGCAUUAUGGAGUUUUGGUAAAAUGCCUGGUGGAAGUGGAAGUUCUGCAUUAGGGAGUUUUGGCGGAAUGUCUGGUGGAAGUGGAAGUUCUGCAUUAAGCAGUUUUGGUAGAAUGCCUAGUGGAAGUGGUAAUUCUGCGUUAGGAAGUUUUGGCGGAAUGUCAGGUGGAAGCAGAAAUUCCGCAUUAGGAAGUUUUGGUGGAAUGUCUGGUGGAAGUGGAAGUUCUGCAUUAGGAAGUUUUGGUGGAAUGCCUGGUGGAAGUGGAAGUUCUGCAUUAGGGAGUUUUGGCGGAAUGCCUGGUGGAAGUGGAAGUUCUGCAUUAGGGAGUUUUGGCGGAAUGCCUGGUGGAAGUGGAACAACUUUUCACUUUUAUUUACCAAUUUCAUUUUAUAGGUCCUGCAUUAAGGAGUUUUGGCGGAAUGUCUGGUGGAAGCGGAAGCUCGGCAUUCGGCAGUUUUGGAGGAAUGUCGGGUGGAAGCGGAAGCAAGUUAUACGUUUUCUUUUUAUUUUAUUCUCUAACUCUCUUGAUGAAUGUUCUAACGAGAAACUUUUCACUUAUAUUUUAUUUCAUUUUAUAGGUUCUGGAUUAGGCAGUUUCGGCGGAAGUGGAAGUUCUGCAUUCGGAAGUUUUGGGGGAAUGCCUGAUGGUAUUGGAAGUCCUGCAUCAGGAAGUUUUGGUGGAAUAUCUGGCGGAAGUAGAGAUUCUGCAUCAGGAGAUGCUAGUAGAAGAGGUAAUGGUGGAAUGCCUAAUGGAAAUUCUGCAUUUGAAGGUUUCGGUGGAAUGUCGAGUGGAAAUCCAGUAUCAGGAGGAACUAAUGGAAUGCCUGGUGUAAGUUCUGCAUCAGGAGGAAUUAAUGGAAUGUCUGAUGGAAAUCCUGCAACAGGAGGAAUUAACGGAAUGUCUGGUGGAAGUUCUACAUUAGGAAAUAUUGGCGAAAUGUCUGAUUCAAAUGGAAAUUCAGACUCAAAAGCAGGGUUAGAAGAAUUAAACACAAAAGAAAAAUCAGUAACAGAGGGAGAAAAAUUAAAAGAAACCAGAAAAGAAUCAGGAGAAGAUUCAAUAAAUUUCGGAGAUAAAUCAGAAAACUUAAAGGAAGAACAAAAAGACACAGAGGGAGGUUUAAAAGAUUCAGACGGAAAAAUUAAAAAUUCAGAAGGAGGUUUGAAAGAUUCAAAAGGAGAUUUAAAAGAUUCAAAAGAAGGAUUACAAGAUUCAAAAGGAGAUUUAAAAGAUACAGGAGGAUUGAAAGAUUCUGAAGGAGGAUUGAAAGAUUCUGAAGGAGGAUUAAAAGAUUCAGAAGGAGGAUUACAAGAUUCAAAAGGAGAUUUAAAAGAUUCAAAAGGAGACUUAAAAGAUUCAGAAGGAGGGUUGAAAGAUUCUGAAGGAGGAUUAAAAGAUUCAGAAGGUGGUUUAAAAGAUUCAGAAGGAGGUUCAAAGGAUUUAGAAAAAGGAUUAAAAGAUUCUGAAGGAGGAUUAAAAGAUUCAAAAGGAGAUUCAAAAGAUACCGAAGGAGGACUAAAAGAUUCAGAAGGAGGUUUAAAAGAUUCAGAAGGAGGUUUAAAAGAUUCAGAAGGUGGUUUAAAAGAUUCAGAAGGAGGUUUAAAAAAUUCAGAAGGAGGUUUAAAAAAUUCAGAAGGAGGUUUAAAAGAUUCUGAAGGAGGAUUAAAAGAUUCUGAAGGAGGAUUAAAAGAUUCAGAAGAGGAAUUAAAAGAUUCAAAAGGAGAUUUAAAAAAUUCAGAAGGGGAUUUAAAAGAUUCAGAAAAAAGAUUGAAAGGGUCAGAAGGCACAGAAGAUGGAAUAGAAAAUUCUCAAAGAGGAUUAGAAGAGCCAGGUAAAGGAUUAGGAGAGUCAAUUAAUCAAUCUGGAAUGGAACAAAAAUCUGGAUUAGAAGAGCAAAACAGCCAGAAAGGACCAGAUAUCCCAGAUACCGGGGCAGAAGAUUCCACUAUGCCAACAAAAGGAAUAAAAUCUCUGGGAAAGUGUAGGAAAUCAGAGAAUAUUGGCAACAAAGAGGAUGAAGGUAACAGCAAUCUCAAAGAAGAAGCUGAUGAUGGAAACGCUCAAGAGAAUUCCGAUAAAAGCGAUUCUGAACAGCAAGGAUUAAUAGAACAAGAGCCAAAUACUUCGCAGCCACAAGUAAAUAUGGAAGAUUUGCAAAAAUGGUUAAGGAGCUUCGGAGCAAAUAUGAAUCAAGAAAAUGUUUCGUCGGGACAACCUACGAACAUGGAGAAUGAUAAAUUAAAAGGUACUGAAACUACGCCUACGCCACCUACAGAUCUAGUACCAAACAAUAGGCAAAUGGGGAAUUUCGGUAACGUGCAAUCUACCGGACAAAAUAAUAGGCAAUCAGGAGAUUUCAGAAAUCAGAUGGGCCAGUUUACAAGCAACGUACAAAAUAAUAGGCAAUUAGGAGGUUUCGGAAAUCAGAUGGGACAGUUUACGAAAAUGGCACAAAAUAAUGGGCAAUAUAGAAAUUUUGCAAAUAUGGGACAGGUAGGAGUUUUCGGAAAUCAGAUGAGCAACUUAGCAGGACAAAAUAAUGGACGAUUUGGAAGUUUUGGCAACAAUAUGAGACAGGCUACAGGCAUGGGGCAAAAUGAUAGACGAUUGGAAAGUUUUGGAAACCAGAUGGGACAACUUGAUGGUUAUGGAAGAAUGAUUCCUCAGGCUGGAGGGCCAAUCAGCAGCAUAAAUCAAAGCAACAAAAAUUUUGAUGUAACGAGUUUUUCAAAUACUCAAACAAAAACAAUGAACGAAAGAGCAGAAGACUCAUUGCAAGCGCAAAGCAGCGUGACUGAAAGCAGUAUAGCUGAAAUAAUGAGUAAAGUCAAAUCAAGUGGAAAAGACGAUGAAUGGUUUAACAUUUUCGUGAAAGGAUUGGUUAAAGCUGCAAGUGCUGCAGACGCUGCAAAGACUGGAGCUGACAAAAAGAACGAAGAUAUACCAACAACCACAUCUAAUCCAACUACAACUUUAAGUCCUUUUGAAGCCUUGAUAAGGAAAGCAGAUCUUAAUGACAGCGAUAUGGGUGAUUCAUAAAUAUUUUAUAAUGAUCGUCAAAAAUUCGCCAGUUUCUUUUGUAUCCAAUUAAAUACACUCUGCCACAAAAUUUUUAACGAAUAAAAAUUGCAAAACAA